AUGUCAGACGUCGAGGUUGCGCCCGGCUUCUUCGCCAGCAACGGCUCCCUGCAGAUUUUCCGGUGCCGCCCAGACCCCCGUGCCUGCAUCGGAGGCGUGCCAGGCGGUACUUGCGCGGCGGGGCGGGAGGGUCUCGCCUGCGGUCGGUGCAUGGAGGGCUUCAGGAUUGGCGGGGAGGGUGCCUGUGUCCCCUGCGGGCAGGACGGGUCCAGCGAGGCAGUGUUUUAUUGCUGCCUUGUUCUGGCGCUCCUGGCCGUGCUGGCAACGUACUCGGUGGUGGACAGAUUCAGCAAGUCGCGCCCGAGCCACGCGUUCCUGCUGGUUGGUCUGAUGCUCAGCCUGACCGUCACGCUGGUGCAGCAGAUGAGCAUCAUCGGCCGCUUCAACGAUGUGCGUUGGGUUGAGCCCAUGGUCACCCUUCUGCGUGCCACACAGUUUAUCCUUUUCGAUGCGGACCUCCUGCACGUCAACUGUGUUGUCCGCACCUCGCCCCUCUGGAAGUACUUCAUGCAGAUCUCGGGCAUCGCCGUGCUGAUGGUCGUGGUCUUCAUCUCCCACUCUCUGUUCAGGUGUCUGCACUGUCGGUUGGCGACCUCUUCUCACAGCAGGGCGCUCGCCGCCAGCGUCGGCACCAUCUUCAUGGUGGCCUACACCUCCGUGGUCGCAGCGGCGGUCGGCCCCCUCCAGUGCGUGGAGAACCCUGGUGGGCAGUGGACAGCGCAGGCCUAUCCGACCGUCGUGUGCUGGGAGACGAGCGACCACGCCACCAUGGUCUCCGUGUCGGCGCUCGCCGUGCAGGCGCCGAUCGUCUUCUUCGCCCUCUGCGUGCGCGCGGUGCUCGUGCUCCCGCGCAGGAUGUCCGAGGGUAACACGGCAUUCUUGGAGACGUACCGUUUCUUGUUCUUCCGUUACAGGCCGCAGGCGUAUUGGUACCCGCUCGUGAGCAUGCUCAGGGGCUUCCUAGUGGCAUUGCUGCCAAUCCUCCCGCGCACGCCGUUGCAGAUAAUUGCCAUGGAGUUGUUGCUGAUCGCCAGCCUGGCAGUCGUCGUCGGCUCGAGGCCUUGGCGAUUGGAGUACGCGUGCAUCUUGGAUUGCUUCUUCACUCUGUCGAUCCUUUUCGUAUGUGCGCAUCCUUUUAUGCAGCGUCGGAGUUUGCCGAAGUCUUCGCAACUAUCGCUUUCGUCAGUGUGA